CACAGACUGAUGUAGCAAGUGCACAAUCUGGGACUUCCCCUCUUGUGACUUGUUAUGCGAAACAUCGCUCGUUAAGCGAGUCAUUUUUUUAUGAUUUGUUUUGCUCAUUAAGCGAGCUUCGACUGUAUAAUAUUAAAACAGGAAUAUCAUUCAUAUCCUGUUAGACAGCGCAAGCCAUUGACUAAUCUUGUGUCAUGACUUUCCAGACGAGACCAAACAUAUGCUGCUAUACUAACUACCUGAAACCCUACCCUCCCUUCACCACCUGCAUACAAGGUUGUGUUACACAUAUCCAGCUGCCUGGAGUAGGGGUUCUGGAGUCCUCCAUGUACAGUGCUGAACUGGGGGGUGGGAUUUAUGAGAUAUAAAAUUUAUCAAGUUUAUAUUGCACUGUAGAAAUUACAUUUCACUAUAUCUACCAAACAAGGGCCAAAUUGCUGGUGUAGAAGAGUGAAUGUAAGAUGACACCCACGGCACGGGGGGCUCCUUGUAGAUGGUGCACAACUGAAGAGGCAGAUGCUGCAUAAUCCUUGCUCACCCACAAACUCAACAGACUUUCUUCACUGACACAGCUCCCGAACUGUCAAUAUACUGUAACGGUCGUGCAGGGCUUUACAAACUGUAAAUCUGAACACACUAUGCAGGCUGAAACUAAAAGAAGAACGUCAGAUACAUUGUACAACAUGUGUCCUGUGAGGUUUAGCUUUCAAGAUAUACUUCACUGUCAAGUGGCACAAGCUAUUGUAUGAUCAAUCCAUGGGCUGCUCAGUAGUCACAAAAGGUGUUCCAAUCAGUGCAUGGCACGGUUACUCUCCAGUACACCCUAACAUGCUGGCAUCGACCACUGUUACAGCUGCUUGAAGUCUUUCCACCAGAGGAUCCUGCAACCAAGGAGGCCUCCAUGCCCAGUGCCCUGAAACUCCUGUGCUAAAACCAUGACCUUUGUGCCUUACAGCUAGAGGUACAUCUUCAGGCAGGAGAUGGGGCACCACAACAAUGUCCACGACAAUUAUCUCAUGCCUGACGUGGAUGCUGCACAAACUUGCUUCAUCUGUCCACAGAAUGUUAUGUGAAGUGAGCUCAUCUGCAGUGUGCUAGUGUUGUAGCCAUUUACAGGAUUGCAUCCUAUGAACACAGACGACAUCUCCACAAGCAGUGGUACAGAUGCAACUGAUCAGCAUGAAGUACUCUGAGGACCCUAAGUUGGGAUGGUCAGCGUUAUUGUGCGAUACCUAUUUCCUAGACUGUUGUUAUAACAUCAUCACUGGCUGAUGUCGGUACAGCCCAUGGGUGAAGUGCAUUCAAGUGUGCUGUAGAUGUGACAUGGAGACGCUGCUCACAUCUUUGAAACACAUUAGCAUGUAUUAUCAUCUGUACGACGUCCACCUGGAUGAUGCAGUGCAUGUUCCCGUGCAUCACUACCAGCUCCAAUGUUAUACGCACUGAGGUUUUUGGGUCAUGUCGUGGCAUUGUUCAUAUCUGUCUCGAGUAUUCACAGCAACACUGCUCAGAAGUAUGUUACCAUAUUUUGAUCAGGGGAAAUGCGUUCGUCUGCCUCACUCUGAAGAGAAGGCCUUUCUGAUGGAUGCUCUGCAGUGAGCAAGAUCAUUCUCUGUAAUGGUCACAAGUUCCUUCCCAAUGUCAGUCAGUAAUCUACCAUUCCAACAGAGUGCUGUACCCAUGCCCUACAAGCAACAUGAACCCACAUGUCCCCCUGUGAGGACAGCAUCACUUAAUGCUACUUCAUUUAGAAAUUUUCCUCAUCUCAGUGUUAAGUGAAACUGUAUUCGGCUUACUGUUAAAAUCUACUGCUCCCCAAUGAAACUUUUAAACACAGGUUUCACUGUAGAGGAAUUAUCACAUCUGCACCUCUGGGUACUGACGAACUCAAGACAGAGGACAGCAGUUACCCUGACUGAGGUUCUGUGGGUUUCCUCACACCUCUUCACCAGACAGAUGCCAGGCAGGGGUAGUAUAUGAGAUCGGGUAACACCCACUUCCUGCCAUAUCCAUUUCAAUUCAUUAUUCAUCCUACAUACGUCAAUCUACUAUAUGAACCCCAGUACACUGUGCCCUGCGUAGGUAACCUCACAGAAGACAAGACCUGUGUAUGAAUGUCUGACCAGCAUAUGAAUGCUAGAAGUAUCCUUGAACUAGCAUCUAGUGCCAUCCUAGUGGUGACAUAACUCCACCACUGUUCCCAUACUAGCAUCUAGUGCCAUCCUAGUGAUGACAUAACUCCACAGCUGUUCCCAUACUAGCAUCUAGUGCCAUCCUAGUGAUGACAUAACUCCACCGCUCUUCCCAUACUAACAUCUAGUGCCAUCCUAGUGAUGACAUAACUCCACCACUGUUCCCAUACUAGCAUCUAGUGCCAUCCUAGUGAUGACAUAACUCCACCACUGUUCCCAUACUAGCAUCUAGUGCCAUCCUAGUGAUGACAUAACUCCACCGCUGUUCCCAUACUAGCACCUAGUGCCAUCCUAGUGAUGACAUAACUCCACCGCUCUUCCCAUACUAACAUCUAGUGCCAUCCUAGUGAUGACAAAACUCCACCGCUGUUCCCAUACUAGCAUCUAGUGCCAUCCUAGUGAUGACAUAACUCCACCGCUGUUCCCAUACUAGCAUCUAGCGCCAUCCUAGUGAUGACAUAACUCCACCACUGUUCCCAUACUAGACACAUGUCAGAACAUAUUUUUCAGUCCAGAGAAGGGAAAAUUUGGAAAAAAUUUCAGAAACGGGAAUUUUACAUACUAGUGCAAUCACAAAUUUAUAUUUAGUUCUUUGAAUCCUGUUCUGUUAUACAUAAUAUCACUGUAAAAUGGGGGCCACAGACACAGCAUGACUUGACAAAAUAAAAUUAAACAGACCACAAUGUCAUGUUUAAUUUAUCAUGCUUAUACUGAACAAUUAUAUAUUUGGAUCAUGACAUGUCACCGACAGGUUGAUUCAAAUUAAAUAACUGCAUUGUCAAUGGAUUUAUAUAAAAUGGAUUCAUAAAAAUAGAUAAAAUGUAAGAAUCUGGUCCUUCAACGUUGAAGCCCCACCCAGUUCUGCAGAAUGGCAGCGACAUGUCUACCUGGGUUCCUGAAUAUCCGGUUUUGGCGAAGGCACUGCAUGGAACUUGCUCACUAGGAACAGCAUCCCUCCACUCAUGCCACUCCAGGAUUGCCAACAUAUAACAACAAUUGUAUACAAACAGCUUCACCGACUGAUCACCUCAACACACAUUAUGACUGGUCAAAAUUUCUGAUUUCUUUGAAGCACACUCCUGAUUCAAGAUGCUUUACUCUCACACCCACUUGCAUUGCAAGAGACAUUAACCUUCAGGGCACAAAGGCUCAAAGCAUGUACUUUAUUUUUCUCUUCAACUUUUGCUCUUCUUGCUCUGAUAAAUACACGUAUUUAGUGAGCUACGCAUGAGAUCAAUAUUAUGUGAUGUCCUGCAUUCAUUUCCGCCUCUAAAUAAAAAAGACAACACUUCUUCAUAAAUUCUCAAAUACAAAAAAGUCAUGAAAUUCCAUUUUAUGGUUCUUGAGUUUAUCAUCCCAUACAGCGACAUGUAAUUGGGUGAUAUUAAUGGUCUCCACUGGGCUGCAAACCCCAAGACACUAUACAACACAUCAGUCUGAGGCAGAGAUUAAGUUACCACUGAGUAGGGGCAUGUCUGCUAAGAAAAGGGUUCAGAAACACUCAGGGAACGUGACCUGCAUAACUGGGGCACUGUAUAUUCUAACAAAAACUGAUACAUGAGUCUGGCAUCUGAACACACUCACCUUUCAUUACAGGGGAUCCCUGAACAGGCUAGACAGCUGCAGAGUGGAAGAGAGAGGAAGAUGCUAUAAAUGAGUUUUGUUUUUUCUGUGAAACACAACAAUUCACCAAACAACUCGCUCACAUUUCUCUGUGCAUAACGGAGUUUACUGGUCAUACAAUGUCGCAACAUGGUUUGGUUCAUGAAGCCAUCAUCAAGUGAAACAUUAACAAACCUUAUACUACUGAAUUAUGCCUCUUAAUGGAUCCAUAGAGAGGAAGUUGCCACUUAGCUCCUGCUCACUCAGAAGCUCAACAUCCUUCAUCGCUGGGAACAGCCACCCUUACAGGAUUGCCAACAUAGAGAGCACAGAUACAGCUAUACAAAUUCUGAAUCUGAGUGCACUAAUAAGUUCAUUAACCAACCCACAGGUUUGGUAAAUCAAGAUGAUCCACUGACACUGAGUUUGGUAAUACCUUUAGUGCUGCACAAACUUGCUGGUCGCUCUCCGACUGAACUCAUUCGCUCCUCAUCAAUGAUUGCUGCUCACAUUUCACCUGCUGUGAUAAUAUCAAGUGGCAGGAAAGUCCUCCAAAAUGCCAGUACUCUUUACCAUUUCAACAGAGUGCUAUACUCAAACACAGAAGAAGACUGGCACUGACACAUGUGUGUGUGUGUGUGUGUGUGUGGCCUUCUGCCCUUCCCAGCUUCAUGCCCCUUGCCUACUUCUGAUCAUACACUUUGCACCUUACCCUCUGCUAGACUCUACAGCAAUCAGUGAUGGAUCAUUAGUGUAUAAUGAAAAUUGCAAAGGAAAUGGCUGGGCCUAAUUUGAGGAACUGUUCUGUGGCUGAGUAAAACUAAGAAACACCUCCAUCAGGAUAGCAGAUCUCUGGGAUGAGAUGCGUCUCAGGCCUCUAGAAUACACACAUCGCUACUAAAUCAAAAAUGUUCAGUCUCAGCACAGUACAAAUAAAUCUCAUGUGUUACAUACCUCCAACACAGGAUUAAUUAAUUAAAUCAAAAACUUCCACUCAAUUCCACCCAUCUAUCUAAGGCUCCAGAGCUCUUGUGGACCUUGGCCACUUUUUCAGUAUCUUACCAGUCGGUAAGCCUCCCUGGACAGGAGAUCAUCCAGUCGGAAGGCCACUACCUAUACGACCUACACACAAUACAAACACAGAACAAGCAGAAUAAACACAAAAAACAUCCAUUUCUUGAGAGAAAUUCGAACCAACAAUCUCAGUCUGGAAGCCAGGUACACGUUUCCACCAUUAUAAUGCACUACAACCUCAAGAACAAUCCUAAAAAUGGCUAUGCCACCGAAUACUAAGUAUCGAGGAUUAAUAAUUGCUACAGUACCGUCCUACAACUGUCAACAAAUCAAUUUUGCUGAUAUUUGCAUUUGUGUUAAGGUUAUUAUGUGCCAUCUAAAGCACACUAGUUCACUGUAGGUUGCGGUGCAGAGGCCGAGAACACCCACUCCUUAUACAUUCAUUCAUACAAUUGCCAUCUAUAUGUGAGUCUUACAUUUCUUGGCAUUACAACCGGCAUCGUUAGAUUAGUUUCCUUCAAAUUAUCUAUUACCACAUAAAUAAACAUUUAUUAUAGAAAAUCCACACUACAGAUUUAACUCUCAGUCAACCAGGCGCCCCUCACAUACUGUAAGCAAACAUGGCUCCUGCCACAUAAUGUAAAGAUGCAGGCAGUUAUUCAUUAAGUCAUCCUAUCACUUGACACUAUAUGGUCUGAGAUACUGAAAGUGUAAAUAAAUCUUAAAUAAAUAACAGAAACCAUGUGUUCAUGUUUCACCUGUUUUUCCUCUUUGUCUUUCAAGAGCUUCCAAGCCACAAUUGAGGCAGGCAUUAGUCUCAUUGGCUUACUCCAAGCUUUGUCUUAUUCUCAUCAGUUCUUCAUUUAGUGUCUCUUUCUUUGAGCUAGUGAUGACAGCUGGUUACUUAGACCUCCCCUUUACGUAGACACUUGGCCCAACUCUAGUUCCACCUGUAAAACACAUGAAGAGUACACCAAUAUGACACAUGUGGUUCUGUACACUGAAUAAUUCAGUCAGUGAAUGUAUAUGAAAACCAAUGAAUAGAAAAAGAACUUUUGGUAGAAAUACAGUGCCCCUUUGGGUUGAAGGAGGAUUCAGAUCCUGCCCUCUAUGCCCCCAUCUAUGCCCCCUACUGCUCAGGGGCCAACUAUACAGAUGAAAAAACAGACAGUGAUUAUAUACUGUAGGUGCUGCAGCAGGGUUGCAUUCAGGCCUAAAAGGGAACUACUGCUUACUGGGAUGGACCAGCUGUUUCCCUCACAUCUCUGUUGCAGGGUCUUUGAUGAUGAUAGUACCUAGAUAUUCCUGAUCUUCAUCAUCUUGAAACUGUCUUUAAAUUCAGUUUGACAGUUUUUCAUUUGCUUAUUUUCACAUAUGAUACCUAUUUAGUAUUAACACUGAAAUUAUAUUCUUCUCUACUGCUGUAAUAUCCUUGAAAUUAUUGCUAACUCUGUGCUUUAGCAUUUACAUGGGAUUUCUAAUAACUUUCAGCUGUAUUCACAUUGGAGACUUGCCACUUGACAUCAGCAGACAAGCACACAAGCACUACGAUGGCUGACGCCAGUGGCCGGUACGUUCCGAGCUUCUUUUGGGGCAACAGCUACUGGACCGGGUCAGAGUCCCUGUGUUACCACCUCAACUCAAACGCCUCGAAACUGGAGGCGCCUCCAUUCAAACUGGGCUUCUACACCGUGCGCCUGCAGAUAGCUCUCCCACAGUACAUUUCUCCGAAUGACCGCCGGUUCCUCCUGGGUCUUUGUCUGCCCUUCUCUUGCAACAAGCAAGAUGUUCGCCAACUGCUGCAGCUGUCUGCCCGAGAUGAGGAACCAGAACCACGGUCCAUACAGAUUCUGAAAGUCCGGUCCCCUCAUAACAGCUACAUAAUGUGGCAUGAUCGCACAUUCUGGAUACUGUUUGCAGUGUCAGUGCUUGUGCUCAGCCUCAUGGCCCUGGGGACAGGUUAUGACAUCUAUCUGGUACACCAGAGCCGCCACUUCUUCAACGAGAACUACACAUACGAGAUAACAAGGGCUUCACCCCCUCACCUUGGUGAGAGGCCCAUGAAGCUGGACGUCGGCAGCUUCACCCAGAGUGCCACACUUAGCUCCAGUGAUGGGGUCAUAAACCAUGGACUCGAAGGCAGCCUGGGGACGUUGAAUGAGAGCAUCCACACGACAUCAAAUGACUCUGACACAUCUGAGAACCUAGGUUUAGUGGCUGAGAUGGUACUGGCAUUCUCUGUGAGGCGGAAUGUGCUGACAAUCUGUGACCAGUGCGUGGGCAGCGAUACGAUCCCCACAAUUCACGGGCUAAGAAGUAUCAGCAUGGGAUGGGUCAUUCUGGGACACACGUGCCUCGUCGCCUUCAAAUACUCAGACAACAUGGAGUACCGGAGUGUUGUAGAAAAGGAAUUCCUCUUCCAGACAAUAAACAAUGGUGCCUACUCUGUGGACACAUUCUUCUUCAUCAGUGGACUUCUGGUGUCAUUCCUGUAUUUCCGCACAGUUAGCAAGAUUGACAUUACACAAGUGACAAGAAGCACUGGCUUCCAAAACAGCGCGCUGCAGUACGUGGGGCUCAUGGCCUACCGGUAUGGCAGGCUGACUGUGCCAUACCUGUUUGUGCUUGGUGUCGUGGAGGUAACAAUGAAGUGGUUCUACUACAACUCUGUGUUUGAGCCCCCUACUGCAGACCAUGUCAGCUGCCCCAGCUACUGGUGGAGGAAUGCUCUGUACAUUAACACCCUCUUCCCUGUUCAGGACAUGUGCAUGCUUUGGAGCUGGUACCUAGCAGAUGACACACAGUUUUACGUGCUCGGUUGUGCACUAUUAAUCCUUGCUGUCAGUUACUUCCGUGUGGCAGCCGUGCUCACAAUAAUCUUUCUCAUCAGCAGCUGGUUCACUACAGCAUUCAUUGCCUACAACAAUAGACACAACCCAAGUGUGGAUGACCCACUAGCCUUGUUUGACAAGAUCUAUGACAAGCCAUGGACCCGUCUUGGGCCUUACCUCGUGGGCAUGAUUGUGGGCUGGAUCCUGUACAAGACAGACUGUAAGCUCAAGAUGAGCAAGGUGGCUGUAGCAUUAGGUUGGAUGCUGUGUAUUGGGUGCCUCACAGCACUAGUGUAUGGGCUGUAUGACACGCACCUAGACCGCAUCCCAGCAGCAGCCUACUCAUCACUCAGCCACACUGCCUGGGCUAUUUGUCUCUCCUGGAUUGUCAUAGCAUGUUCCACUGGAUAUGGAGGUUAUGUGAACAAGUUACUAUCAGCAUCAUUCCUGUAUCCGUUCAGUAGGGUAACAUACUGUGCGUACCUUGUUCAUCCCAUUAUGAUAAGAAUCAUGGCCAUGCGAAUGGACAGCCCCAUGCACCUCAGUCUGGAAAUUAUGACAAUCAUCUUCUUUGGACAAGUUGUGGCGUCAUAUAUCCUGUCAUUUGUCGUAUCAUUAGCAUUUGAGGCUCCUGUGGUCUCAUUGCUGAAAAUUGUGGCACCAGAAAGACGGAAGAAGUCUCAAUGAUAAGGUUUGGCUUAUGCACGAAUUAAAUGACACCUCAUAGCACCAAGAAGCAGAACAAAAACAGAUCUGAAACACGUACUGAUGCGGAAAAUACCACAUCAGUAGUAACGUUCAAAGUGACAGGAACAAUGUUCUAUAUUUAUCAGUGUUCCUUACACAGGGAAAUGUUUAAAGCUACUGAUGUGCUUACAGCUCCGCGCUUCACCUCUACUGAGGCAUUGCCAGCCACUAAGCACAUGUAAAUUUUUCCAAUGACUCAGCAUGCUUGACGGCCACUAACGUUUGGAAUGCAGGAAAAUAAUUAACUAGUAUACUUCUACAACGUAGUAUGUUACAUGGCAGGAAGCGUGGUUCACACAUGAGAGUUUGUUCAUGACUUCUCAGCAGUAGGCAGUAGUUAUGGGUGCCAUGAGCCAUCUGUUCCCAGUUAAGAGUCCACAAUUUGGCACAUCACAGUUUGUGAUACAUCAGAGCAAUGCGUAUUUCUGUAUCUUGUAUCUUUAUUUUCAUUUCCAUAAAUGAAAUGAAAUGGCUACCAAAGCCAGCGGAUAUAGAACAUGUCACAAUUUACAUACAUUAGUUCUGAGAACAGAAACUAGUGAUGCACUGGUUGUGUGAAGCAUGGACCCAUGAAUGCACCAAGUUCAUUAAAAACCACCCUGUAUAUUAAAUGAGUGAUACAAUCAAACUUGAUAGCAUCCCUUUAAAUGGACAGUUUUUUUACAUUGUUUUAUAUAUCAGGUAAGUAUCAAUGUUUAGCAUUAAGUCAGCUGAGCAGUCAUCAGCUGUAUCAGUGAGGAUUGUGUUCAAUAUUAAAUGAUGUGUGAAGUCAGGAAGAUUUCAUCAACCCCUCUCUAUGCCAAUACAUCCUGGUAUGAACCUCAUACACAGGAAUUACAAACUGACUGCAAUUAAAAGUAAUGAAAUAGUCCAUUAAGAGAGGAAAACCAACACCACACACAUCAUAUACUCCGAUUCAUUAUGACACUUGUUCCCAAGCACUUACCAGGACACAGUUUCAUGGUUGGUCCUGCCAACUUUCACAUAUCUUGAAACAUGUAACUGUAAUCUUCUCUGUUAGAUGGCAGAACUACUGAUCAGAAUUUAAUGUUGUUCUUCUUAAACAUAAGGAUAUGCAUAUAAGAUAAGUGUGUCAGAGGCUGCUGUAAUAAAUUGCUGGGAAAUGUGAUUUGUACAGAAAAUUUGAAGGUGAUGAGUAAGGGACUGAAGAAACUGUUUUCCAGAGACCAGCAUUUGUAAGACUCAGCCCUUUCUAGCCUUUGUCAUAUGACUUCUUGUGAAGACCCACUGUUGGAUGCCUUGUGCCACUUCAAUGCCACAUUACAAUUGUGUGCUGAGUAUUAUAUCUUUGUUCUUUAUGUACUUUCACAUCUCGUCUACAUACAGGAACAGCAGAAGACAUGCGAUUCAUGUCUUCUCACACCAGUUUCACCUUCAUUUUUAGUUUUGGUGCAAACUAAAUUGUAGCUGCUGGCUGGAAACAACAUGGACUAGAAAGGGCUGAAGUAAAAUAAUUUCACUUUUACAGUGUGACACCUUCCCAAACAAAAGUGUUCAGCACAUAGGGUAGUUUCCCACUUAAGUCUGCAUGGCAGGAAAUGUGCCAGCCACUGUAUAUACAAACUUUGUUUUGUGAACUUUAAAUAAUAAAUGUUAUGACAAAUUCUUGCACACCUGUACCUACAAACUCCCAGCUAACUACCAUAUCCUGUUAUGUAGUCUUUGUGUGUCUCCACUAUACAGAGGCCACACAAAAAUGUGUGAGCAGUGCGGGUGACUUUCCUCACAGUUAACACCUUUUCUGCAUACUGCUGUGUUCACUUCUAGCCAAAACACUUGUCAUAAGCAAAGUGAGCUGUCCUUUACCCAGCUUAGUGCAGUCUAUUCUGAAACAGACUGUGAUCACCUUCUCAAGCGACCUGUCCUAUCCACUCCCACUCCCACUGUCUACCAGGAAAUAUCCAUGCACUCCUUCGGCAUUCAUUUGUGGUCUAGAUUUCAAGCCGAUCAGUGUUUUGGCUGUAGCAAAAUCCAUAAGGCACGUAGACAGAGAUCUGCUGAUUGGGGAUUGGAAGGUAAGUGUCUGUUUUCUAAAUUCAGGUACAGCAUGUUUCUAAAUUUCGGUCUUGGCCCUUCCUUUUGAUUUACUCACCUCUGUCAGAACCCCCUAGUUUGUGUAUAUUCCUUGUCGAGCCCUAACCCCUUGAGCUGACUGCCAUGUCUUUAUUUACUUGCAUUGUAUUUAUUUGUUACACUCCUUUGGCCUUAGCCACUGCAAUAUGCUGCAGUGGGUAUUUUAAACCACUAAGAUCAGUGGUUACCUUGUUCAAAUACAUGGGCCCACUGUGUCAUGAUAUCAUUACUCUGUAUUAUUCUUAUUUGUCAUUUACAAGUUCACUGGGCCAUAUUUUUACAGUACCUCUUUUUUUACUCUUUCCUUCUUUUCCUAAACCCAGGAUUAUCUCUAGGGGCAAUCAAUUAAGCACUAUGCCAUGAACACAUAUGUUGGAGUGGUCAUAUAUAUACACAUAUUCUUGA